GGGACGACCUCGUUUUAACGACUCAUUCGUGGAAACAAAGAUGGCGUUCGGACUUUACAGUUUGCUCGAAGCUUGUCUCUUGGUUGUCAAUGCUAUGGCAGUUCUUAACGAAGAGAGGUUUUUAUCGAAAAUUGGAUGGGGAACUAACCAAGUUGCUGGGUUUGGAGAGGAACCAGGAAUAAAACAACAAUUUCUUAAUUUGGUUCGAUCUGUCAGGACAGUUAUGAGAAUUCCGUUGAUUGGCAUCAACACAUUUGUGAUAGCUGUGAAACUUCUUAUGGGCUGAUGGAGAUGAACAUCAAAAGCCAUAGGAUUGAAGAACUUGUCAUGUCAAUAGAAAUUCACAUCAGAAUCAGAUCCAAGUUUCAUGAUAAAAGUGCCAGAUGUUUCAUUAACUUUUGGAAACAGGAAAAAUAAGUUUUCUGUUGACUUGUCAAGUAAUAUCAUAGAAUCACUUUACAAUUUUCCUUGAAUUUAAUACUUAGACUUUUAAAGAGGGGGUAGAAAUUAUGUUAACCCUGUACUGAAUUGUAAAAACAUAUAACCUUUGAUAUCUCUAAAUGAAGAACCAUUUUGUUUUUUAAGAAUAGAUGUAUUGUUACCAAUUGUUGUUUAUUUGUUUCUAUUUAAUAUUCAAUAUCUAAUUUUGACUUAGAAACUCAAAACACAAUACAUUAUCCUUUUUUAUGUUGUUGUUACCACACCAUUGAAGCUAUGGGAAAA